AUGAUGAUGAUGAUGAUGAUGAUGAUGAUGAUGAUGAUGAUGAUGAUGAUGAUGAUGAUGAUGAUGAUGAUGAUGAUGAUGAUGAUGAUGAUGAUGAUGAUGAUGAUGAUGAUGAUGAUGAUGAUGAUGAUGAUGAUGAUGAUGAUGAUGAUGAUGAUGAUGAUGAUGAUGAUGAUGAUGAUGAUGAUGAUGAUGAUGAUGAUGAUGAUGAUGAUGAUGAUGAUGAUGAUGAUGAUGAUGAUGAUGAUGAUGAUGAUGAUGAUGAUGAUGAUGAUGAUGAUGAUGAUGAUGAUGAUGAUGAUGAUGAUGAUGAUGAUGAUGAUGAUGAUGAUGAUGAUGAUGAUGAUGAUGAUGAUGAUGAUGAUGAUGAUGAUGAUGAUGAUGAUGAUGAUGAUGAUGAUGAUGAUGAUGAUGAUGAUGAUGAUGAUGAUGAUGAUGAUGAUGAUGAUGAUGAUGAUGAUGAUGAUGAUGAUGAUGAUGAUGAUGAUGAUGAUGAUGAUGAUGAUGAUGAUGAUGAUGAUGAUGAUGAUGAUGAUGAUGAUGAUGAUGAUGAUGAUGAUGAUGAUGAUGAUGAUGAUGAUGAUGAUGAUGAUGAUGAUGAUGAUGAUGAUGAUGAUGAUGAUGAUGAUGAUGAUGAUGAUGAUGAUGAUGAUGAUGAUGAUGAUGAUGAUGAUGAUGAUGAUGAUGAUGAUGAUGAUGAUGAUGAUGAUGAUGAUGAUGAUGAUGAUGAUGAUGAUGAUGAUGAUGAUGAUGAUGAUGAUGAUGAUGAUGAUGAUGAUGAUGAUGAUGAUGAUGAUGAUGAUGAUGAUGAUGAUGAUGAUGAUGAUGAUGAUGAUGAUGAUGAUGAUGAUGAUGAUGAUGAUGAUGAUGAUGAUGAUGAUGAUGAUGAUGAUGAUGAUGAUGAUGAUGAUGAUGAUGAUGAUGAUGAUGAUGAUGAUGAUGAUGAUGAUGAUGAUGAUGAUGAUGAUGAUGAUGAUGAUGAUGAUGAUGAUGAUGAUGAUGAUGAUGAUGAUGAUGAUGAUGAUGAUGAUGAUGAUGAUGAUGAUGAUGAUGAUGAUGAUGAUGAUGAUGAUGAUGAUGAUGAUGAUGAUGAUGAUGAUGAUGAUGAUGAUGAUGAUGAUGAUGAUGAUGAUGAUGAUGAUGAUGAUGAUGAUGAUGAUGAUGAUGAUGAUGAUGAUGAUGAUGAUGAUGAUGAUGAUGAUGAUGAUGAUGAUGAUGAUGAUGAUGAUGAUGAUGAUGAUGAUGAUGAUGAUGAUGAUGAUGAUGAUGAUGAUGAUGAUGAUGAUGAUGAUGAUGAUGAUGAUGAUGAUGAUGAUGAUGAUGAUGAUGAUGAUGAUGAUGAUGAUGAUGAUGAUGAUGAUGAUGAUGAUGAUGAUGAUGAUGAUGAUGAUGAUGAUGAUGAUGAUGAUGAUGAUGAUGAUGAUGAUGAUGAUGAUGAUGAUGAUGAUGAUGAUGAUGAUGAUGAUGAUGAUGAUGAUGAUGAUGAUGAUGAUGAUGAUGAUGAUGAUGAUGAUGAUGAUGAUGAUGAUGAUGAUGAUGAUGAUGAUGAUGAUGAUGAUGAUGAUGAUGAUGAUGAUGAUGAUGAUGAUGAUGAUGAUGAUGAUGAUGAUGAUGAUGAUGAUGAUGAUGAUGAUGAUGAUGAUGAUGAUGAUGAUGAUGAUGAUGAUGAUGAUGAUGAUGAUGAUGAUGAUGAUGAUGAUGAUGAUGAUGAUGAUGAUGAUGAUGAUGAUGAUGAUGAUGAUGAUGAUGAUGAUGAUGAUGAUGAUGAUGAUGAUGAUGAUGAUGAUGAUGAUGAUGAUGAUGAUGAUGAUGAUGAUGAUGAUGAUGAUGAUGAUGAUGAUGAUGAUGAUGAUGAUGAUGAUGAUGAUGAUGAUGAUGAUGAUGAUGAUGAUGAUGAUGAUGAUGAUGAUGAUGAUGAUGAUGAUGAUGAUGAUGAUGAUGAUGAUGAUGAUGAUGAUGAUGAUGAUGAUGAUGAUGAUGAUGAUGAUGAUGAUGAUGAUGAUGAUGAUGAUGAUGAUGAUGAUGAUGAUGAUGAUGAUGAUGAUGAUGAUGAUGAUGAUGAUGAUGAUGAUGAUGAUGAUGAUGAUGAUGAUGAUGAUGAUGAUGAUGAUGAUGAUGAUGAUGAUGAUGAUGAUGAUGAUGAUGAUGAUGAUGAUGAUGAUGAUGAUGAUGAUGAUGAUGAUGAUGAUGAUGAUGAUGAUGAUGAUGAUGAUGAUGAUGAUGAUGAUGAUGAUGAUGAUGAUGAUGAUGAUGAUGAUGAUGAUGAUGAUGAUGAUGAUGAUGAUGAUGAUGAUGAUGAUGAUGAUGAUGAUGAUGAUGAUGAUGAUGAUGAUGAUGAUGAUGAUGAUGAUGAUGAUGAUGAUGAUGAUGAUGAUGAUGAUGAUGAUGAUGAUGAUGAUGAUGAUGAUGAUGAUGAUGAUGAUGAUGAUGAUGAUGAUGAUGAUGAUGAUGAUGAUGAUGAUGAUGAUGAUGAUGAUGAUGAUGAUGAUGAUGAUGAUGAUGAUGAUGAUGAUGAUGAUGAUGAUGAUGAUGAUGAUGAUGAUGAUGAUGAUGAUGAUGAUGAUGAUGAUGAUGAUGAUGAUGAUGAUGAUGAUGAUGAUGAUGAUGAUGAUGAUGAUGAUGAUGAUGAUGAUGAUGAUGAUGAUGAUGAUGAUGAUGAUGAUGAUGAUGAUGAUGAUGAUGAUGAUGAUGAUGAUGAUGAUGAUGAUGAUGAUGAUGAUGAUGAUGAUGAUGAUGAUGAUGAUGAUGAUGAUGAUGAUGAUGAUGAUGAUGAUGAUGAUGAUGAUGAUGAUGAUGAUGAUGAUGAUAUGA